AUGUUGGCUUUUCGCUCCUGGGCAUUUUGCGUGCUUUUGCUGCUGCUUCUAUCUGGCUAUCUGAGAAAUGCAUCUUCAGAAAGCCUCUUUAUCCGCAAUGUCAUAGAGAAAGUCUUGAAGGAAAGCGACGUAGUAACGCUGUUGUAUAUGAAUCGUCGACCGAACAUCAAUUGUCCUUUAAUGGAAAUCGACAUGGAUGGAUUUGCUACACUGCGCUUGGAUCAGGAAACCACAAUCAACAUAAAGGAGAUCUUUAAUAACGACGUUCUCUCCUUGGUGUGUAUGUCUGAGUUGGCUGAUGUCAUGCUCCUGUCCAGCCUGGCCCAGAGCCUUGAUCGAAUGAGAGAGGCGCGUAUCAUAAUUCUAUUCCAUACCAGGUCAUCUAAUCUUCAAGAAUUUCUCCAUGCAAUCGCUGAGCAGGCAGACAAUAAUAAUUUUAUCAACGUCAUCGUUCUACACUCGACAUUCCCCGAAGACAAAGUUCCAAUUGUCGCGUAUCGUCUGCAGCCGUUUCCGAGUCCAACUUUCGCGCGCAUUAUGGUUAUAAAUGAAGGACAAAUCUUUCCCAAGGUCAGGCUUAACUUCCAAGGGAAAACGGCUGUUGUUUUACCGGAUCUGAUUCCACCUCGCAGCAUGAUUACGACUAAUCCUCGCACUGGACAGAAAUCAUUUGGUGGAUCUUCUACCAAACUCAUUAUGGAGUUUGCGAAGAAAAACAACAUUAAGCUACACUAUCUGCGAACUCCGGCUGAUUCCCAGCCCAUUGAAAUACAAGAGGUGCACAAGAUAACCAGAACGGGUGUCCUUGAUUUACCAAUCCGAGCCCUCAUACAAACACUAAAUCCUCCCCCAAACUUAGAAUAUGCAAAUGCACAAUUUGAGCUAUCGAGCUCAUUCAUUGUAGUGCCUUGUAGAUAUCAAAUGAGAAUAGGCGAUGUCUUCUCAGGCUUAAGGACCUACUUCACAAUACUUUUAGUAUCAUAUCUAAUAUUUGCAAUAAUGGAAACUUUCAUUAUACUGACGACAAAUUGGAUUCUCCAACGCAGACCCGAUACUCAACACUGGAACUUAGUCUUAAACCUGCGGGCAUUUGCUGGAGUCCUAGGACUUCCGAUGCACCUGAGGAGAUAUCGAGCUAGCAUCUCCCUGCAGCAGAUCGUAAUGCUAAUGUGCAUUUGCGGCCUAGUAUUCACCUCCUUUUUCAAUGCCAAUCUCAGCACUCUGUUGACAAAGCAUCCACACGAAACAGAAAUUAAAAAUUUUGAUCAGCUUUAUUUGGACUUGUCGAUCAUUGGGAACUCGAAGCUGGCCUUCAAAUGA